ACACAAAGGGACGGGGACGGGUGUUGGGUUGAGUACGAGUAUCGGCCAAUCGGGAUUCCAAUUCCAGUUCAAAGGGUUGGAUUAGUUAGGGUUAGGGUGGGAGCUGAGAGCUGUCAUUGCUUUUAUAGCAUUUUAAUUUAAUUUAUGUUUUGUUCUUUAUAAUUGUAAAACUUAUUUCGUCCUACCAUUCUUUAAAAGCAUAUAUCUUAUAUUUGGGCUUAAUAAAAUACGAUGUCAAAUUUCAGUUAUUAAAACCACAUGGGCCAUUUGUCUUCAAAAUUUCAGUUUUAGUGGCAAAUAAAUUGAGGUUUAAUUUUCUAACUAUUCUUUUGUUAACAAACUAUUUCAUAUUCAACAAAAAUAGUGGAUGGUAUUAGGUUGCUACUCUUUACUAAGUACUGUAAUUACAACCUGAUAUUGUUCUUAACCUCUUUUUGGGGGUUAUAGUAAUUGGAAAAACAAGACAUAUGCUUAAGCAUCAAAUCAAUUCAAAAAUAUUAAAAAAGGCAAUUUGAUAGCUUUUGGGCUCCCAAUAACUUUAUAGUUGGUAAUGUGUGAUUAUUGAUAGCAGGCCUAUCUCCAAUUUUGUUUCAACUUGUUAAAAUGGGAAAUGUCGAUCCACAGUAGAUGCCAUGGAAUCCUUGGGUAGUAAGGUCAUCCAGACUUUUGAAUCUAAGAACUUUCUUUGCACAGAAUCACUCUGAAUUGGAAUAACUUGAAUAUCACGUUCACAAUGCCUGGAUCCAAGUCAGAUGGCAUGUUCGACCACGAGAAUGAAAUCCUUCUUCACAAUAAAUAUGAAGGCCUCGACCUGAUAGGAAAUGGAUCACAUGGGUUCGUAUAUAAGGCGCGGGACCUGUCAAACAAUGGAGCAACUGUAGCUCUGAAGAGGAUAAUUGUUCCUAGCACCGAGGAGGGUGUUCCCAUUUCGACACUGCGUGAAGUGGCGAUGCUCAAGCAACUUGAUAAGUAUGAACAUCCUCAUGUUGUUAGACUUUUGGACAUCUGUCAUGGGCAGCGUUUGGAGAAGGAGAGAUCCCUCGCCAUGUAUCUAGUCUUCGAACACAUGGACCAAGAUUUGUCUCGAUAUUUGGAGCGAUGCCCACCCCCAGGCCUCAGUGAAGGGAAGAUUAAGGACUUGAUGUUUCAAAUUCUUUCUGGUGUAGAUUUUCUCCAUUCUCACCGGAUUAUUCAUCGAGAUUUGAAACCACAAAAUAUUUUAGUGGCCAAUGAUGGACGGGUCAAGUUGACUGAUUUUGGUCUAGCAAAGACUUAUGAUUAUGAGAUGAGAUUGACUACUGUGGUUGUCACACUUUGGUACCGUUCACCUGAAGUCUUGUUGGGUGUUCCUUACGCAUCUUCUGUUGACAUAUGGUCGUGUGGGUGCAUCAUGGGCGAAUUGUACAAGGGUUCACCUAUUUUCUGUGGUACUUCUGAAGGCGACCAGCUGGACAAAAUUUUCAAAAUCAUGGGCACUCCUACUGAGUGUGAAUGGCCGGAAAAUGUGUCAUUAAUGUGGUCAUCCUUUGAACGUCAUUCGAAAAUUCCUUUGCAACGGAUUCUUCCAGAGAUAUCUCUUGCUGGCAGGAGUUUACUGGAAGAGAUGUUGCGUUUCAACCCUAAACAGCGGAUUAGUGCCCGAUUAGCGAUGCGGCACGGAUUCUUCAGUCAAAGUGUUGACGAGGAAGCUAAUGUCAGUAAGUGAAAGUCCAUUAGUGCCUAUCAGAACAGAGUACCUGCAACCAACUACUUUAAGAUAUUUAGGUUUCAAAGGAUUCUCUAUCACUUUUCUUGUGCUUUUAGGUUAACAAUAGAAGCAUGAUUUUUAUGUAUUAAUUUUGUUAGUAUGGUAAAUGAUUAUACAAGGUAGGUCAUCAGAGAUUUUUACGAUUUGACUUGCUGUAAAUCAACUUUGAUUUGUUAUGUUCAAAGAAUAAUGUUGUAUGUACUCAUAUUUUCAAAAUCAUCAAAUACAAAAUCUUUUCAAAUUAAGAAGGCUUUUAUAGUUGAAAACAGACGUGAACUUUACCACUCAGACCAGUUAACUGAAAAGAUUUAUAUUUUGCUAAACUAUUUAUUAUGAUUAUCAUGACAGUUCAAAAGCUUUCAACUGACAUAGUUCCAACCCUCUUUCAGUCUUUUGUUAUGAUGGUUUUAUUUAUUUUUGUGAAAUUGUUAAUAUUUUGUAAAGAAAGUGUGAUUAUAAAAUCUGUUGUUAAUAUAACUGAUUUAUUUACUAUAAAAAUUGCUAGAAAUAAAAUAGAUCAGCAUGGUAGACAAAAGAAACAUCAAGAGAAAGUAAUGUUAAAAUAGUAACCUUUAUUCGUACCUUAUCGGUACAUUUAUUGGUACCUUGCACGUCUGGUAUUAUCCAAUUCUGGGACCAAUUAUAAUUUUAGAAAAUAUACAUCAGAUCAGUAAAAGGUGGUGACAUAAUUUGUUAAGCAGUUGUAUUAGAUUUGGUUCUACAUUGCUAUGUAUAUUUUUAAUAUAAUUUUGACAAUUUUGAGACAUUUAAACCUGUUUUCUUUUUUAAUUUAUGAAAAUCAAAAUCAUUAUUUAUAUUUCUAAAAUUGCAUAAAAAUCUUCAGAUUUAUUCACUUAUUUUAAUAAUAUGUACUACAAAGUAUAAGAUUAUUUGUUUAUUCAUUUUUUUGUUUCUCAGCCAAACUUUAGAAACCAGUAUAUUGUAAAAGUGUAACUUUGGAAUGCCACUGAUGUUUUAUAAUUCAUUAUUUGUAUGUGUUACUUUGAUAGUUUAUUGUUGAUAUUUGUUGUUUGUGUAAUAGGUUUAAUUUUUGUAAUAGUUUCCAUAAAUUCAGAAAUGGUAAUUUUAGCUAUACUAAUUUAUUUUUUUUAAACACGUAACCGUGCCAGCAAUAUUAUAUAUCAUACAUUACCCUGAAAAACUGUUAAAUUCCGUAGCUAUUUCAUAUUAUAAGUUUUCCUUAAUUUAAAGAAUAUAUUUGAGUAGGUAUUUGUGAUGUUUAGUAGGCUAUUACAUUUUGAUGUAUCAACUAUUUCGCUUUGUCUAUAUUUGAUCUAUCUAUUAUUUAUGUCUACUGUUGUUUUGUGUAAGUGUGCAUUUAUGUAGCAUUUGUUUAGAGCUAGUUGCUGUAGGUUUGUAAAUAAAAUUGUUUUGGUUACAUACUUUCAAAUCUAAUUUUUUGCCUUAUUAUAAGCAAAAAAAUACCUUACUCUGUUUUUGUUAAUACAGUAGUUGUGAUGAUAUUCCUGCAUUAAUACUUUACCUUUAUAAAAUAAAUUAGUUGGUAAUUAUUGUGCAUGAUAUUUAUACUCAAUAUUUUUUAUUGAUAUUGGUUGUAAUUUAUAGGUAAUUCAAACUUUGUAUUAAUUUCGUAUCAUAAGAAAUUUAAAAAUUGAGAGACUUGUGGAAGAGCAAUUUUUGAAUAUACUGCCUAUUACUGUUAUGUUGAAGAUUGUGAUUAGCGUUUUUACUGUAUGAUGUUCAACAAUGCAAUUUAAUAACUUGUAACUGCCGUAUACUGUAAUUUGUUUUAGGACUGCCACUGUAUACAAUAAAUUAUUCAUAUAUUUAUAAAUA